CAACCUACCCAAAUUGUGUAGGAAACUGUUAAAACUAACUAACCCCAAUCGGAACCCGUUUUUAGUACAAGCCUACUUCUUUUCAAUAGAUUUGGACCUCAUAAUUUUCUCUGGUCAUCACAUUUAAUUGAAAAUUAUAAUUCUGAAGAAAUACAAGGAAAAUUCUAUUGUACAUUCAAUUGUCUCCCAGAUCAUCCUUUCUUCUAGCACGUUUCCUUAUUUCAAUUCCCUUUUCGUCCCAAUUCAUGUACCCUAUAAAUCAAGUCUAAAUUCUCCACUUUUUUUUUUUUUUUUUUUAAAACCCACCAACUGUUUGUUGAAUUUCCCCAGAGAGUCAAAUUUGCUUAUUUUGGUGAAAAAUAUACAUUUUAGUUAUCUGGAAAUUUUUUUGGUGAAUUUUUUGGUGGGUUAAGUUUAUUUUGUGAAAAUGGUGGGUGGAUUUUCUCUUUUGAGUUCUCCUGUUAUAGAUUAUUCACAUGCUUGUCCAUGUAUAUUUUUGGAUCCUGUGAAUUGUUCUAGUAUGAAUCUCAAGAGUGGUAUGGGUAAAAAGCAAUCAAGAAGCAGGGAAAUUGGAUCAUUGGAACUUAGUAGUUCCUUUGUUGAUUCAGGGAAAGAUUUUUUGGGUAUUGUGAAUAAGAGAAGCUCAAGAAAACAGAAAAAAAUUAGAAGUCCUUUGAUUGUCAAUGAACUUGGAGGACAGUAUGAGGAAAACUUUGAGGAUGUUAAGACGCAAUUACUCAACUAUUUUACUUACAAAGCUGCGAGGACUGUUCUAAACCAGCUAUAUGAAAUGAACCCCCCUCAAUAUACAUGGCUCUAUAAUUUCCUCCUAAAAAACAAACCUGCAGAUGGAAAAAUCUUCAUUCGUAAGCUUGGGAAGGAAAAACAAGACCUUGCCGAAAGAAUAAUGGUAACACGACUUCAUCUAUAUGGAAAGUGGAUUAAGAAAUGCGAUCAUGCUGAAAUAUACAAGAACAUAUCAGACGAAAACUUGGAGUUGAUGCGCGAAAAGUUACUGGAAACCAUUGUAUGGCCUUCAGAUGACAACACGGAGAAGAUCGGAUAAUGUACAUUUAAUGGUAUCUAUGGUUUGCAACUCAUUGGCUACUCUUUGCAGCAACAUUUUGGUAUCCUGGGCACGAUUAAGACAAACAAAGAAUGCUGCAUUUCAUAGAUGUGUGUGCAUAUAGCAUUGGUUGUUUUAGAUUAUCAAUUGUAAGAAAUUUUAUCCUAAUCUUCGCGUUUAUUAUACAUUCGGUCCAUAUCUUUAAACGAAAACGAUGCUUUAUCAGAAAAUUAAAUAGUCGUUAUAGUUUGAUUAGAGCUUCAAAAGUUUAAUCUUUAGUAUAGUUCAAUAGUUCUUCACGUAAUUUUGGUUCCUUUGUCCAAAACAAAUGAGGAAACAUCCAAGAAGAAUUCUGUUACGUUUGUAGAGUUGAAAUUUGGGGAGCUUGUGUA